AUGGGGAAUCCUAAACUUUCUCACUUAUGUGCUACCAAGAGAAUAAUGAGGUAUGUGAAAGGUACUCUCGAUUAUGGUAUUUUGUUUUCCAGUAAUUGUGCUGCCAAAAAAUAUAAUGCUCUGGGAUAUAGUGAUUCUGACUGGUGUGGAGAUAAGAGUGAUAGGAAGAGCACAACAGGUUAUGUGUUCUUCUAUGGUGAUGCUCCAAUCUUGUGGAGCUCAAAGAAGGAACAAGUGAUAGCUCUUUCUUCAUGUGAGGUAGAAUACAUUGCAGCUGCUAUGGUAGUGUGUCAAGCUCAGUGGCUUGACAAUAUUUUUUGGUGA